GACAGCACGUUCUGGGGACCCACUUGGUCUCCUAGUUGCCUGUUUCUGCCUCCUCCACCUGCAGUCCUAAGUGCCGUGGCAGCGGCCUGGGCCUCCUGCUUCCGCCGCGGGUGUCUCAGAGGAGCCAUGGAAGCUCUGGGGCUUCCGAAGUUGGAGCUGAACGUCCCCAUGGUGACAGUGGCCCUGUUGGUGGCUCUCCUGGCCCUCCUGAAAUGGUACUCCACGUCGGCUUUCUCGAGACUGGAGAAGUUGGGCAUCAGGCAUCCCAAGCCCUCCCCUUUUAUUGGAAACUUGCCGUUCUUCUGCCGGGGUUUUUGGGAAGGCCACCUGGAGCUCAGAAAGCUGUAUGGGCCUCUGUGUGGGUACUACCUUGGCCGUCGGAUGUUUAUUGUUAUUUCUGAUCCAGACAUGAUCAAGCAGGUGCUGGUGGAGAACUUCAGUAACUUCACAAACAGAAUGGCCUCCGGGCUGGAGCCCAAGCUGGUGGCUGACAGCGCUCUGCUCUUGCGGGACAAGCGGUGGGAAGAGGUCAGGGGUGUGCUGACUGUGGCUCUCCAGCCCGAGAGGCUGAACGAGAUGCUGCCCCUGCUCAGCCAAGCCUGCGACCUUCUCCUGGCUCAUUUCCAGCGCUGUGCACAGUCCAGGGCUGCCUUCGACGUCCAGAGGUGCUACUGCUAUUACACCACGGACGUGGUUGCCAGCGUCGCCUUCGGCACCCAGGUGGACUCCCGGGAGGUGCCCGAGCACCCCUUAGUGGCACACUGCCGGCGCUUCUUCCAAGUCAGCAUCCCCCGGCCUCUGCUGGCUCUGAUCUUGGCGUUUCCAUCCGUGAUGGUCCCGCUGGCCCGGAUUUUGCCCAAUAAGAACCGAGAUGAGCUGAACGGCUUCUUUAACCAACUCGUCAGGAGCGUGAUUGCCUUGCGGGACCGGCAAGCAGCAGACGAGAGGCGGAGAGACUUCCUGCAAAUGAUCCUGGAGGCCCAGCAUUCGGCCCGCCCGGCGAGCGUGGCGGCCUUCGACAUUGUCAGCCAGGUGCUCUCCGCCACCGGGAGACCGGGGGCUGCUUCCCUGCAGCACCGGCCCGCAGCCUUGUCCCAGCCCUUGACCGUGGACGAGAUCGUGGGCCAGGCCUGCAUCUUCCUCAUCGCUGGCUACGAGAUCAUCACCAACACGCUCUCCUUCGCCACCUACCUGCUGGCCACCAACCCUGACUGCCAAGACAGGCUUCUGAGAGAGGUAGACCGGUUCAAGGAGAAACACCCAGCCCUGGAGUACUGCGGCCUGCAGGAGGGCCUGCCCUAUCUGGACAUGGUGAUCGCAGAGACGCUGCGACUGUACCCGCCGGCUUUCAGGUUCACACGGGAGGCAGCCCAGGACUGCGAGGUGCUAGGACAGCGCAUCCCUGCAGGCGCUGUGCUGGAAACUGCUGUGGGCGCCCUGCACUACGACCCGGAGCACUGGCCCAAUCCCGAGACCUUUGACCCCGAGAGGUUCACGGCGGAGGCCCGGGAGCAGCGACGGCCCUUCACCUACCUGCCCUUCGGGGCCGGCCCCCGGAGCUGCCUCGGGGUGCGGCUGGGGCUGCUGGAGGUCAAGCUGACACUGCUGCAAGUCCUCCACAAGUUCCGCUUCGAAGCCUGUCCUGAGACUCAGGUACCGCUGCAGCUGGACUCCAAAUCCGCCCUAAGUCCAAAAAAUGGUGUCUACGUCAGGAUUGUGCCCCGCUGAUACAGAAGGCUGCUGGGAAGGGGGUCAGCUUGUAGCAACAAUACCCGCAAGCCAGUAUG